CGGAGUAAUUAAGCAGCACCUGACCUACCGGAGUUGGUAGUGACGCGCGAGGGGGUGAUAUAGAUGGCGGCGAGGGCGAGCCCAUCCAGACCCGCCGCCGUCGCAGGCGGCUGCUGCUCCGCCGUGCUGCUCGCGGCGGCGCUGCUCUUCUCAGCUCCGUCGACCGCAGAUGCUUAUGAUUCCCUGGAUCCACACGGUAACAUCACAAUAAAAUGGGACGUUAUGCAAUGGACUCCUGAUGGCUAUGUUGCUGUUGUCACAUUGUUCAACUACCAGCAAUUCCGGCACAUCCAGCCGCCGGGGUGGCAGCUGGGAUGGACGUGGGCGGAGAAGGAGGUGAUCCGGUCGAUGCGCGGCGCGCUCGCCGUCGAGCAGAGCGACUGCUCCGUGUUCAGGAUCAACAACGGCAGCGCCCCCCACAGCUGCAAGAGGGAUCCCACCGUCGUCGACCUUCUCCCGGGCGUCCCGGACGACAUGAGGGUGGCCAACUGCUGCAGGGCCGGAUCGCUGAGCGCAUCCAGCCAGGACCCUGCAAAUGCUGCCGCCUCGUUUCAGAUCACGGUGGGUCUCGCCGGGAGCAGCAACAGCACGGUUAGGCUGCCCAGGAACUUCAGUCUCGGUGCCCCCGGCCCUGGGUACACCUGUGGCCGUGCUGUGGUCGUCAGGCCUAGCAUGUUCUUCAGUCAGGAUGGGAGGAGGGUAACUCAGGCUCUGAUGACAUGGGAUGUGAUCUGCACAUACUCCCAGUUUCUUGCAAGCAAGGUGCCAAGCUGCUGUGUUUCCUCGUCGUUUGACAGUGACAAAACCGCCAACUGCCCAACAUGCUCCUGUGGCUGCCGAAAUGACAAUGCUACUACAGGAAAAUGUGUGAAGAAGAAUGCACCUGAUUUGCAGUCCAUCAUCAAUGGCCCUGGAAGAUGGACUUGGGAACCUCUUCUCCAGUGCACUCCACACAUGUGCCCAGUACAAAUAAACUGGCACCUGGAGCACAAGGACAAGGAACACUGGAGAGUGAAGAUCACUGUCACUAACCUGAACUACCGCAUGAACCACAGCGAGUGGAACUUGGUCUUUCAGCCUCUGAACUCCGAUAUCACCAAGAUAUCUGGGUUUAAUUACAAGUCUAUUUUGCCAUAUGGAAUCGGCAGAAAUGAUACUGGGAUGAUUUGGGGAGUAAAGCCCUACAACGAUUUGCUCAUGCAAGCUGGUCCUCUUGGAGAUGUGCAAGGAGAACUAAUUGUGAGAAAGAACUUGAUGGCUUCUUCCACUGCUGCAGAUAAGCAGCGAUGGGCUUUCCCGAGCCGUGUGUACUUCAACGGCGACAAUUGUGUCAUGCCACCUCCUGAUGGAUAUCCAGUUAGUAUUAUGGCUUAGGGACAGUCAGUCUGAGACCAUUGUAUCCCAUACUAUAUUUACUAGUUCAUGAAUAAAGUGUUGUCUUUUGUCUCAUGAAUCAUGUAUCUAUCAUCUAUGUUGAUCAGGAAAUGAUUUUCAUCACUCAGUUGGAUAUUCACUUAUUC